AUGUGUCUGCUCCCAUCUGAGGCCGUGGUCAGCAUCCUCGGCCCCUCCGAGCCCUGGCCACACACCUCCGUGGCUGCCAAGGCACUUGAAGCGGAAGAGGAGGAGAGGGGGGACCUCCUGGCCAACCGAGCCUCCCCUGGGCCCGGCACCCCACCCCAGCAUGGUCCAGGCCUGCGGCAGCAGUGCUCCAAAACACAGCCAGCAACCUCGCCGUGGGGGGCAGUCAUGACCCAGCCUCUGCCGGCCAAAGCACCUGCCAAGAAGCAUGUGCGGCUGCAGGAAAGACGGGGCUCCAACGUGGCUCUGAUGCUGGACGUCCGGUCGCUGGGGGCCGUGGAGCCCAUCUGCUCGGUGAGCACCCCGCGGGAGGUCACCCUGCACUUCCUGCGCACAGCUGGACACCCCCUGACCCGGUGGGCUCUGCAGCACCAGCCGCCCAGCCCCCAGCAGCUGGAGGAGGAAUUCUUGAUUCCCUCCAACUUCGUCAGCCCCAAAGACCUGGACAUCCCUGGGCAUGCCUCCAAGGACCGCUACAGGACCAUCUUGCCAAAUCCGCAGAGCCGUGUCUGCCUGGGCCGGGCACAGAGCCAGGAGGAUGGAGACUACAUCAAUGCCAACUACAUCCGAGGCUAUGGCGGGCAGGAGAAGGUCUACAUCGCCACCCAGGGCCCCAUGCCCAACACUGUGGCCGACUUCUGGGAGAUGGUGUGGCAAGAAGAGGUGCCCCUCAUCGUCAUGCUCACGCAGCUCCGAGAAAGCAAGGAGAAAUGCGUGCACUACUGGCCCACAGAUGAGGAGACCUACGGGCCCUUCCGGGUCGGCCUCCGGGACAAGAAGGAGCACGCAGAGUACACCGUGCGGCAGCUCACCAUCCAGCACCAGGAUGAGCGCCGAUCGGUCAAGCACGUCCUCUUCUCAGCCUGGCCUGACCACCAGACCCCUGACUCGGCAGCACCCCUGCUCCGCCUGGUGGCCGAGGUGGAGGAUGGCCCUGAGACAGCCGCCAAGACGGGGCCCAUUGUGGUCCACUGCAGUGCAGGGAUUGGCCGGACUGGCUGUUUCAUUGCCACUCGCAUUGGCUGCCAACAACUGAAGGCCCGAGGGGAAGUGGACAUUCUGGGCAUCGUGUGCCAACUGCGCCUAGACAGAGGAGGGAUGAUCCAGACCGCGGAGCAGUACCAGUUCCUGCAUCACACUCUGGCCCUGUACGCCGCCCAGCUACCCGAGGAGCCCAGCACCUGA